GGUAGAGCCCGUAUUCUUUCAUCAGCCCAGCCUGAGAUCUGAUGGGAAACUCUCAUCAGUCACGGUUCAGCCCAGACUUCCACAUCCCAUAUGGAACUCGGCAGGCGAGCCCGGAGAGCAGCGCAGGGACUUACUUUGGGUCAGUGAGGAUGCCUUCUGUGAAGUAUCAGAGAGGGGAAUUGGUGAUGGGCCGCUGGCCUGGCAGCAGCCUAUAUUAUGAAGUCAAGGUGCUGGGCUUUGAUACCAAAUCCCAGCUUUAUACGGUCAUCUACAAGGAUGGCACUCAGCUGGAGCUCAAGGAGCAAGAUAUCAAGAGUACUGCGGGCUUCCAGGCCCGUUCUCGCUCCCGCUCUCGCUCCCGAUCACCAGGCCGUCGCCGCAGCCGGUCGCGCUCCCCAGCAAGGAGCACUCGUCGCUCAUCCUCCCGCACGGCAGCGGCUGUUGCUACUGCAGCUAUAACAGAGAGUGCACCUUCGUCCCGCAAGGAUACGAAGCUGAAGGAUUCGCUAGAAGUCGUGCUCACUCCCCUGCAACAGACAAAGGCAGCUGAGAACAAUAGCAACAAUAAGCUUGAAAAGAAAGAGGAGAAACAAAAAGAGGAGAAUAACACUGCUAACAAAGUAAAUGAGCCCAAAGCUACGGUAGACGCAGAGUCUGUGAUGAACCUAGGCCGUUACAAUCUGCGCCGCAGGAAGGAUGAUGGAGAUGCCAAACCAGUUGAGACCAAAGAAGAGCAGCUGGAGGAGAAAGAUGCCAAGCCUCCUGCAGCUCCUGCUGGCUCCCUCUCCACCCCGCUUGACUUUGGUGGGAAGAUAGGAGCAUACUUCUGGCUGCUCUUCUUGCCAGCCUGGGUUCUCUUUGUGAUACUUCAAGUCAACCUGGAGGACCCCAGCCUGGUUAACUUCCCUCCUCCUCUUCCCCCUCUUGAAGACUUCUUGGAUGCCCAGGCUCUUGGCUUUGUCGUCCUUUGGAUUUUAUUCCAGGCCCUGCUCUACAUUCUGCCUGUUGGGAAGGUGAGAGAGAAGAACUGUUUCUUUGCCGUUGUGGUGAGUUCUUUAGCGGUAGCAGCAGCGGUGUACCAGGGUGUUGACCUCACCUACAUCCAUAGCAGCUUCCUGCAGCUGGCUACGGCCACCUUCCUCAUCUCCGUCCUGCUCAGCAUCUACCUGUAUGUCCGCUCUCGAUAUGCUGCCCCAGAGCAGCUGGCACUGGGGGGAAACUCUGGCAAUGUGGUUUAUGACUUUUUCAAAGGACAUGAGCUCAAUCCCCGCAUCAAAGACUUUGAUCUGAAAUUCUUCUGCGAGAUGCGCCCUGGUCUGAUUGGCUGGUGUUUGAUCAACUUUGCGAUGGCGCUGGCUGAGAUGAAGCAGCAGAAGCUGGACGCUCCAUCUUACUCCAUGAUCCUUGUGAACCUCUUCCAGCUGCUCUACGUGGUGGACGGUCUCUGGAAUGAGGAGGCCAUUCUGACCACCAUGGACUUGAUGCACGAUGGUUUUGGCUUCAUGUUGGCAUUUGGUGAUCUGGUGUGGGUUCCCUUCACUUACACCCUGCAGGCCUAUUACCUGGUCAGCCACCCCAACGCCCUGAGCCUCCCUGCCCUCGCUGCCAUCGUCACACUCAAGCUCGUUGGCUUCUACAUCUUCAGAAAAUCCAACUCUGAGAAGAACAACUUCAGAAGAAACCCCUCAGACCCCAAACUGUCUUAUCUGAAGACUAUCCCCACAGCCACAGGGAAGAGUCUGUUGGUGUCUGGCUGGUGGGGUGUGGUGCGCCACCCUAACUACCUGGGAGACCUUCUGAUGGCUCUGGCCUGGUCUCUACCCUGUGGCUUCAGCCACCUCCUGCCGUGGUACUACAUGAUCUACUUCAUCAUCCUGCUCGUGCACCGAGACUCCCGCGACAUGAGCGAGUGCAGGAGGAAGUACGGCUCGGCGUGGGACGAGUACUGCCGAACUGUUCGGUACCGGAUCAUUCCCCGCGUCUACUGAGGAACCUGCCGCUGGACACUCCCGAGCUGAGGCCUUUUGCAACACAAUUAUUAUGACUGUGAAGUCUCACAAAAAAAAAAAAAAAACCCUAAUCCAAAAAACAAAUAUGAAUUGACUGAUUGGACUUUUUUAAACCAAGAUAAUUAAAAUCUUGUCUCUGGACUGAAGGAGCUGCAGUACUUUUAAAUAUUUUUUUUUUGAUGGAAGAAAAAAAUGACACUCAUUGGUAUUGUGUACUAUUUGAAGAAUUGCCUUUUUUAAUAGAAAAUACUCAAAAUAUAGACUUUAAAAGUGUGCAAAGUCUGGGGGGAAAAAACAAAAAUGCCUCUGCUAGGAAUGUCUUGUUGGGAUGUAUAUUUUUGUACAUACACAUUUGUUUUUAUACUUAAAGAAUAUCUUACUAUUUGCAAAAAUUUUGGUAAGUUUUACUCUUUGCUCCCAAAUUCAAAAUGUUACAAUAUCAGCUUGGCUAUUCUGAAAAAUUUUGUAAGUACGCCUUCCUAUUAUAAUUAUACUGCUUGUGUAUAUUGUGAAGGAUGGGAUUAAAAAUGCUACUUUUUUUAUAACCUGCACAGUGGAACGAGGACUCAUGUUCUUUCUCAGGACCCAGAAAUUUGUCAGAAAGUUGAAUUAGAUAAGUUUUGUCAGAAUAAUUUUGUUGUGUAUAAUUUUAUAUAGAUAUGUAGUUUUGACUUGAGAGUGUAAAAUGAUUUUGGAGGUUUCAAGAAAAAUGCACUAAUGUUUUAAGGCAUAUUUUUUUUUUCCUAUAUUUUAAAUCCCAAAGUGUAUUUGAUUUGGCUUUGCUACCUCAGGUUCACUCACUCUGCAGUUCUUCCUCUGUGUGUAAUUAUGAGUGUGAUGUCACUGCUUAAGGAAGUAAAAUGAGUUAGACUGUUUCAUUUCAAUAAUGAUGUUACCACGUUUAAUGAACAAGUGGCACCCAUCCGCAUCAAACUUGUCAUGCCUAAACCUAACCCUUCCAAACUGCUUUUAUUUCCUGCAUUUAUAGGGCGCUGAUACCAUCUGUAUUUUGUCCUGCUAGAUUCUUGAGCAUAUUCUCUAUUAUGAACUGGUUGUUAGUUUCCCACCACUGCCACAUGAAUUUGGUUGAAACCUAUUUAAACUUUAGCCUGGUCAAAUGACAAUGGCAGUUUUAAUGAAGUUUAUACUGUGACAACAUGAAGAGCUGUUGACUGUGUUAGCAUUUACAAACUGCAUUUGCAAACCCAAAAAUGUGUUUUUAUGUCUGUGCAGCUGUAGAUGAGUACAUAAGUAGCAAUAAUUAACUAGAUUAGGUAGCAUUUUUUAUGCUGUGCUGACUGAAUAAUAUGUAAAUAUUGUUUUUUUUGUUUUGUUUUGUUUUAAAUUUCUGUUAUUUUCAGUAAAAAUGUGAGUAGUGAUCAGUUAUGUUUCUCAUUAGCUAUUUAAUAUUGCUUUUUAUUUGUUUGGUUUUUUUUAAUUAACUACAUAAUUUUGACCACUGUAGUUAUGUUUACACUUAGAACUGCCAUGUUUCUGGAAAAUACUUCAAAUUGUAUUUAAACAAAUGUCAGAUGGUCUGUAACAUUUUUUGACCUGAUCAGAAAGAAAUUAUGUUUGAUACCAGGGAUGCCACCCACCUAUAUGCCCAGGACAAAUUAUGGCGAUAUUUUUUUUUUCUCUUAUUAUUAUGGUGGCAAACUUGUCUCUUGGUUGGCAGUCUGAGUGGAAAGCAAUAAGUUGGAUGUACUUGGACAUAUGACAACAAUGAAUGAGAAGUAACCAGGUCCAGCAGGUUGUCAGUGAGGAUGAAUCACAUCUGUGACAGUGGCUGGAAAACGCUUAUCUGUAUAAACGUUGCAGCAUAAAAUAAAGGUUUACAGUAUUUUC